UAGAAAAAUAACCGAGCAUGUAAAUAAAUAUACAAUGAGUGAGUGGUUUAUUGUAGUGCGAGGGGGCGGGGUCUGAGUCGACUGCGUGACGUCAUCACUUCCUGCUCUCGCAGGUGUCUCGGUAUCGGACACACCUGACGCUCCGGAUCUGACUGCCGCAGGUUUACUUGGAAUCAACGACGUAUUUCCACACCGAAACUCUGGUUGAAACGACGUUUUAUAUCUGGCUAAUGAGGAAUUCCAUCGUUUUGGAGGAGACGAACACUUGUAGAGCUCUUUAAUAGAUUGGUCUUGAAUAAUUUAUACAGUGAUUUUACUGGAGAUUUUGUUUAUACGGAGAAUGACUCGGCUCUGGUUCUGCUGGACCGUGGCGGUUCUGUACGUCUGUCUCUAUGUGGCUCCAUCAGAAGGGGAAUGCAGAGAAAAAUUCAGUCUUGGCAAAGAGGAUUUUGUGUUGGACGUAGAUGAUUCUGUGAAGGACGGGGCCACGUUUCUGUCUUCCCCUCGAGUGUCUCGAUCUGAAGACUGCGUUCAGGCCUGCUGUGAUGAUCCAAACUGUAAUCUGGCUUUGGUAGAACAUGGAGGAGAUUCUAAAACCAUUUGCUUCAUCUUUAACUGCCUGUACAAACAGAAGAAAGUCUGUCGCUUUGUGAGGAAGACGGGCUUCAGCAACUACCUUCUGAAAUCUGUUUUUAAAGAUUACCUCGAGCAGAAAACCUCAGAUUACGUUACGCAACAGGUGCCAGACGUGGACGACAAACCUCCAGUGGCAGUGACGGGGCAGGACAGAGUCGUUCAACCCAACGAAGACGUGACUCUGAACGGCAUUGAGAGCAGAGACGAUAAAAAGAUCAUGAAAUAUGAGUGGGAAAAGGUGUCUGGAGACGAGUCGGCUGUUAUGACGAAAGGGCAGUUUGAGGAUUCAGUGACAGUCUCGCAUCUUUCUCCCGGGAUGUAUAAGUUCAGACUCACUGUCACAGAUGACGCUGGUCAGACGGGAACAUCCGAAGUGUCAGUUUUAGUCCUGACUCCAGAACAGUCUCUCCAUCACUGUCUGGUGCCAAAGAAGGAGGGUCCGUGUCGAGGCUCUUUCCCACGCUGGCACUACAACGCCGCCACCGAGAAAUGUGAGCAGUUCAAGUUUGGAGGCUGCAAACCGAACCGCAACAACUAUCUGGCGCUCAACGAAUGUCAAAAUGCUUGCGACAAAGUUUCAGUUACUACUAAGCCGUCGUCUGGAAGAUUAGGUCCGAUCCAAAAUCAGCGUGAGCAGUGUGGUGUGGAUUGCGGUCCUGAUCAUUUCAGAUGUUCAAGUAAUUGCUGCAUUGACAAAGAGUUGGAGUGUGACGGGGAGACGCAGUGCACCGACGGUUCGGAUGAGGCUGAAUGCUCCAGAUUGGACCAUAAGUUCCGUCGACUGCUGGAUAUUCCUGUGGACAAAAGCAAAGCUCAUUGCGUGGAGCCGCCGGUAACGGGACCCUGUCGUGCCAGUCACACCAAGUGGUACUACAAUCCGUAUGAAAAGAGCUGUAACCGCUUCAACUGGGGCGGCUGUGAUGGGAAUGAAAACCGCUUUGAUGAAGAGGAAAAGUGCAAGAUGGCAUGCAACGGAGUGACUGAGGCUGACGUGUUUGCCAGACGAGCUCAGUUUGAGAAGCAAGAAGGCACGAAUGACACAGCUGUCAUCGCGAUCGCCAUCAUACUGGGCUUAGCCAUCAUCGUCCUGCUGGUUGUAAUCGCAUGCUGUCUCCUGAAGGGCAAGAAGAAGAGCAGAACCAAACACCAGCGUGUGGCUGUGAACGGCGGUCACGUUCAUGCCUACGAGGAUUCUGAGAAACUCGUCUACAACAGCACAACCAAACCCAUCUGAGCUUUAACUCAGUCUAACCGGACAUCUGCUGGAGUGUGAUGUGAAAACGAAUUGUAUAUGCAAUAACUGUUUGGUUUCUUCAGUCAUUCGUUUUGAGUAGACAGGCUGGUAACUGUGCAAAAAGUUCGUUUGAUUUGCUUAUUUUAAGUUUGAAACAACUUUACCGGCGACUUUUUCACUUUUCUUAUUUCUGUCUUUUGCUUUAUAUUUUAGCUUGUUGGAUUUUGCUCAGGGGUAAAUAUGUAUUGCAUAUAAUAAAGUCAGUUUUUACGACAAAAAAAUAAGAAUCAAUAUUCUUGAGCCAUUUAGUUUGAAGACCGGAUUGUUUUUGUUUUUAUCUGAAAUGCUGCCUUUCAUCAGUUCUUCAUAAAGCCAUGCAAACAUUGCAUUAAGACUUAGAAAUUAGUUUUUAUGUUUUAGUUUAAGAUCUGAGAUAUGCUGAUUUAUGGCUCUUUGUUUUGAUGUGUAAGCUGCUGUUUGGUUUUUCAUUAUCUAUCUACAUUAGAAGUUUUAUUUUAGUCUAGUUUUAUUUAGUUUUUAAAUGCUCUUUUUUUUUAUUAUUAGAUUUUUUUUUUUUUUUUUUUUUUUUUUUUUUUUUAAGUAAACUGAAGUUUUGGAUUCAGAAAUGACAUUUAUGGUGAAAAAUCAUAUUCCCACAAUGCAGAUUUGUACAUAGACUUUUUUUAAUGUGUAUCAAUAACUUGUCUGACGUCUAAACUAUUAAUCUUGGAAAGUCUCAAUAAAACUGAUAUGUA